UGUAUUAACUGAUGGAAUUUAUUAAUAAUAGACACAUAUAAAUAAGUCUGAAAAAGAAACACUAACUGCAAUUACAUACAAAAUGCAUCGACAAGACAAUGAUGUUGCAUAAAACAAACAUAAAAUUAUGUCGUCUUUGUGGCAAAGAAAAACAACAAGGCACAGAUUUAUUUGCCGACAAAGUUAAAGGAACUGUAUUAAUGUCAAUUAUAAAUAAGUACUUCUCUAAGGAGGUAAUAAAUAUUUCUAAUUCCGAUGCAUUUUCUAAAUAUGUUUGUCUAGAUUGCGAACAAAAAAUUUAUAUAUUUGAUGAGUUCUACUUGAUGGUAGCAAAUGUGCAAAAACAGCUGACUGCUCCAUCUUUAGAAAUUGAUUUUGCAGAAGAUAUGUUAUGUCAGUUGAAAGUAAAUGAUACAAUACCAAAAAAUACUUUAAGCAAAGAAGGAAUAAGAAAAAAUAUAUGUCCAAUAUGCGCUAAAAGCUUUAGAUGCCAGGCUCAUUUAAUCAGGCAUAAACGUAUUCAUACUGGACAACGACCUUUCGUUUGCAAUAUCUGUAAAAUGUCAUUCAAUCAACAAGAAAUAUUAAUGAAACAUAAAGAGAGACAUGAAGGUAAAAAGCAAUUUCGAUGCGCCAAUUGUCAUCAGUCAUUCCGUUAUAAAGUGUCAUUAAAAUCUCACAUGAUAAGUUUUCACAUGGAUAUGGAACAAUCUGUUAACAAUCAAAAUUUACAAGCAGCAGACAAUUCAUUUGUUUGUUCAGAAUGUGGUAAACAAUUUGUGACAAAAUAUAAGUUACAGAGGCAUUCACGAUGUCAUACAGGAGAAAGACCUUAUCACUGUACAUUUUGUUUAAAAACAUUUUCACAAACAGGAAAUUUAAAAGUACAUCAGGUAAAAUAUCAUCAAAUAUCUAGCUCAUUAACAGAGAUAAGAAGACAGACCCAGUUUGAUAAUCAGAUUGUUGGCUGUGAUGUACCUACUGAAUUAAAUAAUUUUCAUACAAUAAAUAUGUCCGAAAUUGAGUUACAAAACACAAUAAAUGAAACGAUAAAUUCUACAGAACAAAGUAGUUCGUAUGCUACAAAAAUGUAUGAGAAUUCUUUGUAUAUUGAUGAAGAAAUUGAGACAAUACUGGAUCGUGAUCUUGGCCAUUUAGAACAAAAUAAAUAUCCUACAAAUUUACAAGAUAAAUUAUCUCUUUGUUUGAAACAACCAGAAACUCCUGAACUACUAAAUAGUUUGUUAUAUGAUGAUGGAUAAUUUCCUGAACCCAAUUAAGUAUUAUUAACUGCUUAUUUCUAAUAAUGUUAUUUUUCUCUAAUACUUACAAACGAAUAAUCCACAUAUUUAUAAUCAUAAAGUUCUAUGAUCUCUAUAUUGGUAAGUUACUAAAUACUAUGUAUAUAUACUCUUUUCAAUAUUUUAUUAAAAUAUAUAAAAUCUUGUAAAGAUAUAAAAUAGAACUUAUACAAUGUUAAGUACACAUUAACAAUAACAUGCAAUCA